CAGCAAAAAAACCGAACAAUCAUCAAUGACUGCCCUCGCGCACUCUGUGGCGCCUGUGCGCGACAUUGAGCGUGUUCAGUUUGGCAUUCUCAGCCCGGACGAGAUCAAAGCCAUGUCUGUGGCCAAGAUUGAGUUUCCGGACGCCAUGGAGAACGGCAUGCAGAAACGCGGUGGCCUGUCGGAUCCGCGGAUGGGCACGGUGGAGCGCCAGUUCAAGUGCCAGACCUGCACGGGCUCGAUGGGAGACUGUCCAGGCCACUUUGGCCACAUUGAGCUGGUCAAGCCCGUGUUCAACGUGACCAUGAUGACGAAAAUCCAAAAGACGCUCAAGUCGGUCUGCUACCACUGCUCGCGGCUGCUCGUCUCCCCCGAGGACAUGGCGUACAAGCACGCGCAGCGAACAAACAACAUGAGCGAGCGGUUCCGCCGCUUGUCGACUGCUUGCUUUGGCAAGACGCGGUGCGGCGGUGGCACGGAUGUCGACGCCGACAUGAAGCCCUCCAUCGAUCUGACGGCCAAGGCGCGCACCGGCUGCGGCAAUGUGCAGCCCAAGUACAAGCGUGAUGGCCUGUCGCUGACCUACGAGUUCCGCUUGACGGGCGCAAAGAAGGACAGCGAGAGCACGGCGGGCGGUGGCAGUGGCGGCGGCGCGUUGCCGACCGGCACGCAAACGCUCUCGCCCGAGAAGGCCCACGAGAUUCUCAAGCGCAUCUCGGACGAGGAUUGCCGCGCGCUCGGCUUCAAUCCCGAGCAAGGCCGUCCCGACUGGAUGAUCAUCACCGUGCUGCCCGUGCCGCCAAUGACGGUGCGCCCAUCCGUUGUGAUGGACUCUGUCGCUCGCGGUAUUGACGAUCUGACGCACAAGCUGGCCGACAUUAUCAAGGCCAACCACAACCUACGGCAGCAGGAGCUUCGUGGAUCCCCCGCGCACAUUAUGGAAGAGUACACCAAGCUGCUGCAGUACCACGUCGCAACCUACGCAGACAAUGAAAUCCCCGGCGUCGCCACCGCGCAACAGAAGAGCGGCCGUCCGCUCAAGUCCAUUCGGCAGCGCAUGAAGGGCAAGGAGGGUCGCAUCCGUGGCAACUUGAUGGGCAAGCGUGUCGAUUUCUCGGCACGUACCGUCAUCACAGCCGACCCCAACCUUUCGCUGGACGAGGUUGGUGUGCCGCGCUCCAUUGCACUCAACCUGACCUUCCCCGAAAUGGUCACGCCGUACAACAUUGACCGCAUGUACGAGCUGGUCCGACGAGGCGCGCUCGAGCACCCCGGCGCCAAGUACGUCAUUCGGGACGACGGCACGCGCAUUGAUCUGCGUUUCAGCCGAACGCAGGGCCAGGAGAUUCACCUCGAGCCCGGGUAUCGAGUCGAGCGUCACAUUGUCGACGGCGACCCUGUCAUUUUCAAUCGACAGCCGUCCCUGCACAAAAUGUCCAUGAUGGGUCACCGCAUUCGUGUCCUGCCCUGGUCGACCUUCCGUCUCAACUUGUCCGUCACCACGCCCUACAAUGCCGAUUUCGACGGUGAUGAGAUGAACCUUCACGUGCCGCAAAACCUCGAGACGCGUGCCGAGGUGACUGAAAUUAUGAGCGUCUCGCGCCAAAUUCUCACACCUGCGGGCAACCGUCCCGUCAUGGGUAUCGUGCAGGACACGCUGACUGGCAGUCGCAAACUGACCAAGCGUGACACGUUCAUUGAGAUGGACCUCAUGAUGCAGCUGCUCAUGUGGCUGCCUGGCUGGACGGGCCAUGUUCCCCAGCCGGCCAUCCUCAAGCCGCGUCCAAUGUGGACGGGCAAGCAAAUCUUCUCAAUGAUCAUUCCCGCCGAAGUCAACCUGACGCGCACGCACUCGACGCACGACGACGAAGAGGACAAGGGCAACUAUGUGCACAUGUCCCCUUCCGACACCAAGGUGCUCAUCGAGAAGGGUCGCCUUCUGUCUGGUAUCAUCUGCAAAAAGACGCUCGGUCCUUCGGCGGGCGGUUUGAUCCACAUUCUCUUCAAGGAGUGGGGCCACGAGGUGGCGCGCAACUUUUUCAAUGCAUGCCAGCGAGUGGUCAACUACUGGCUCAUGUGGGAAGGCCACAGCAUUGGUAUCGGCGAUGCUGUUGCCGACGACGCGACCAUGAUGCAGGUCGAGGACGCCAUCCGUCGCGCCAAGGAAGACGUCAAGAAGGUUGUCGAGUCUGCCCAGCACGGUCGCCUCGAGUCCACGCCCGGCAACACGCUGCGCGAAACGUUCGAGAACGAAGUCAACAAAUACCUCAACAAUGCCCGCGAGGAUGCCGGUAAAAAGGUGCAGGAUUCGCUGGGUGACUUUAACAACUUCCGCCUCAUGGCUGUCGCGGGUUCCAAGGGUUCCGUUUUGAAUAUUUCGCAAGUCAUUGCUUGCGUCGGCCAGCAGAACGUCGAGGGUAAGCGCAUUCCAUUCGGCUUCCGCUUCCGCACCCUCCCGCAUUUCGUCAAGGACGACUAUGGCCCAGAGUCUCGUGGAUUUGUGGAAAACUCGUACCUCAAGGGUCUCACUCCCAGCGAGUUCUUCUUCCACGCCAUGGGUGGUCGCGAGGGUGUCAUUGAUACCGCCGUCAAGACCUCCGAAACGGGUUACAUUCAGCGUCGCUUGGUCAAGUGCAUGGAGGACGUCAUGGUCAAGUACGACGGCACCGUUCGCAACUCGCUCGGCGAUGUGAUUCAGUUUGUGUAUGGUGAAGACGGUCUGGAUGGCGCGCAUCUCGAGUUUGGCAACCAGCCAAUUCUCGCUCCCAACAACGACCGCUUCAACUCGCUCUACAAGUACGACGACAAGACGUUGAACGAGCUGUCUGUCCGGCUGACGCCCGAAAUUUACGAAAAUGUCAUGACGGUCGAAAUGCAAGACGCCCUCGAGCGCGAGUUUAACCAGCUUGCCACCGAUCGCACCCUGCUUCGCGCCCUCUUCCCGACCGGCUCUGGCAUGCUUGACGCUGCCGUCCCAGUCAACGUGCCUCGUCUGAUCUGGAACGCUCAGAAGACGUUCAACAUUGACAAGCGACACCAAUCCGACUUGCACCCGGUGGCCGUCAUUGAGGGCGUGCGUCGCUUGACGGAAAACCUGGUUAUCGUCAAGGGCUCCGACCCGAUCAGCGUUGAAGCGCAGAACAAUGCCAUUUGUCUCUUUGGCAUUCACUUGCGCUCUGUGCUCAACUCCAAGCGUGUCCUUUUGGAGCACCGUCUCCACAGCCAGGCAUUCGAGUGGCUCCUCGGCGAGAUCGAGUCCCGCUUCCAGCAAGCCAAGGUCGAGCCCGGCGAAAUGGUUGGCGCUCUUGCCGCGCAGUCGCUUGGUGAACCCGCCACCCAAAUGACGCUCAACACGUUCCACUUUGCUGGUGUGUCUGCCAAAAACGUCACGCUUGGUGUCCCGCGUUUGCGCGAGCUCAUCAACGUGUCCAAGAGCCCCAAGACGCCGUCGCUCACCGUUUAUCUGCAGAGCGGCAUGGAUCAGGAGCGCGCCAAAGAUGUGGCCUGCCGUCUUGAACACACCACGCUGCUCAAAAUCACCACACACACGGAAAUUUACUACGACCCCAACCCUCUCGCGUCCGUCGUGGAGGAGGACCAGUCGUUCGUCAACGAUUACUACGAGAUGCCCGACGACCCCGAAAUCCUCAAGCACAUCUCGCCGUGGUUGUUGCGCAUGGAGCUCGACCGCAAGCAAAUGGAGUACCGUCGGUUGACCAUGGAGCGCGUGGCUGAAAAGAUUACCGCUGAUUUCGGCAACGAUCUGCACGUCAUCUUCUCCGACGACAACGCCGACAAGCUCAUUCUGCAAAUCCGCAUGCUCAAGAAGACGAGCGAAGGCGACGGCGAGAGCGGCGACAAGAACCCCGAAGACGAGCUCCGGUCUGGCGCUGCCGACGACACGUUCUUGCGCAAGCUCAUUCCCAACUACCUGUGGCCACUGACGCUCCAGGGGCUGGAAGACAUUGCCAAAGUCUACAUGACGCAAAAGAACCGCAAGCACUUCCACCCCGUCACUGGCGCGCUCGUCAACGACAAGAACGUCAAGGAGUGGGUGCUCGAGACAGACGGGUCGUCGCUGCUCCUCGCCCUUUCGCAGCCGAACGUUGAUGUGACGCGCACCGUUUCCAACGACAUUGUCGAGAUUAUGCGCGUUCUCGGCGUCGAGGCUGUGCGCCAGUCGCUCUUCAAGGAGAUGCAUGCCGUGUACUCGCUGUACGGUAUUUACAUCAACUACCGCCACUUGGCCCUCUUGUGCGAUGUCAUGACUGCUCGUGGCCACAUCAUGGCUGUUACGCGUCACGGUAUCAACGGUUUGGACACUGGCCCGCUCAUGCGCUGCUCGUUCGAAGAGACUGUCGAAAUUCUCGUCACCGCCGCGCAGCACUCUGAGACGGACUGGCUGCGUGGCCCAUCGGAGAACAUUAUUUUGGGCCAGCUGGCUCCUGUCGGCACUGGCUACUUUGAUCUUUUGCUGAACGAGAAGAUGCUCGAGCACGCCGUCGAAAUGCCCCAAACCUUUGGCGUCAACGCCUUUAUGGAUGGCAUGUUUGAUCCGCUCGGCAUUAGCUCGCCGUCUGCCGGCUUGUCGCCCAUGGCGGUCACGCAGUACCACACGAACGAAGGCUACAGCGUCUACUCGCCCAAUUCGCCCAGCAACGCUGCCUUCUCGCCCGCUGGCAACGCCUCUUUCAGUCCCGCGUACGGCGCGCUGUCGCCGUUCAAUCAGAGCGGGCGCUCCCCCGACCCGUACGCUGCGUCCAGUCCGCGCCGCGGCCCCGCGAGCCCGUACCAUGCUGCGAGCCCAAGCUACUCGCCCGGCGACACUGACUAUUCUCCGUCCAGCGGCAAGGGCUAUUCUCCAACCUCACCCCGGUACUCGCCGACCAGUCCGAGCUACUCUCCCACCAGCCCAAGUUACUCGCCCACCAGUCCGAGCUACUCGCCGACGAGCCCGAGCUACUCGCCGACGAGCCCAAGCUAUUCGCCGACCAGCCCAAGCUACUCUCCGACAAGCCCGAGCUAUUCGCCCACAAGCCCCAGCUACUCGCCCACUAGCCCCAGCUACUCGCCCACUAGCCCCAGCUAUUCGCCGACCAGUCCAAGCUAUUCACCGACAUCCCCGUCGUACUCGCCGACGAGCCCAAGCUACUCUCCCACAAGCCCGAGCUACUCUCCCACCAGUCCCAGCUACUCGCCCACAAGCCCCAGCUACUCGCCGACCAGCCCAAGUUAUUCGCCCACAAGCCCCAGUUACUCGCCCACAUCGCCGUCCUACUCGCCAACGAGCCCGAGCUAUUCUCCCAACCAACCCCAGCCUCCCGCCAAUCAGCGUGGAGGCAAUCAGCAACAGCGUCGUUGA